GUCAACAUGCGUCUGACUGAGGAGGUGAACUUAAGUCAGACAUCUCAAAACAAAAGCCUACAUUUACUGUCUGUAAAUAUUUACGACGGUAGAUUUUAGCUCUUCUUAGUAUAAUGUUGCGCAAUGCCUUCGGCUGUUAAAUGCGACUGAUGUGCGCAGGCGCGAGAGUGUAAUAAAAGUCAAUCAAAUGAAAGGCUGGUGUGCACGGACAUGAGUGAUAAUAGCGCCGUUUAGUCCAGGAUCUGCCACAGUUGGAGAAGACAAAGACACCACUAACCCAACACACCAUGUCGAAACGUGCAGGUGCCAAAGGAGGAGUCCAGAGGAGGUUCAUCAGUGGGGUGGUGGAAGGUUUUUAUGGGCGGCCGUGGACUAUGGAGCAAAGAACAGAGCUGUUUAAAAGGGAGCAGAAAUGGGGUUUGAACACAUACCUGUACGCUCCCAAAGACGACUACAAGCACAGGAUGUACUGGAGAGAUCUGUACUCUGCUGAAGAGGCCGAACAACUCAUUGCCCUGAUAUCAGCAGCUAAAACUCAUGAUGUCGAGUUUGUGUACGCCAUCUCCCCGGGUUUGGACAUUACCUUUUCUAAUCCCAGAGAGGUUGCCGCCCUCAAGAGGAAGCUGGAUCAGGUCAAGGAGUUCGGCUGCAGGUCCUUCUCUUUACUGUUUGAUGACAUCGAGACUGAAAUGUGUGCGGCUGAUAAACAGGCCUUUAGCUCCUUCGCCCAUGCUCAGGUGUCCAUCACCAAUGAGGUGUACCAGCACCUGGGAGAGCCCCACACCUUCCUGUUCUGUCCCACAGAUUACUGUGCUGCCUUCUGCACUCCCACUGUGUCCCAGUCCUCCUACCUGCACACUGUGGGUGACAAGCUGCUGCCUGGCAUCGACAUACUGUGGACUGGUCCAAAAGUAGUUUCCCACAAAAUCUCAGUUGAGUCCAUAGAGGAGGUGUCUUCUGUCCUCAAGAGGCCACCAGUGAUCUGGGACAAUAUCCAUGCCAAUGAUUAUGACCCCCAAAGACUGUUCCUUGGACCAUAUAAGGAUCGUCCUACUGACCUCAUUCCCAAACUGAGAGGCGUACUCACCAACCCAAACUGUGAGUUUUACCCAAACUUCGUAGCCAUCCAUACAUUGUCAACAUGGUGCAAGGCUUUUGUUGAUGGAGCACAGAGGGAUGUGGAAAUGACAGGAGAUGAAGAUCAGGACCCCUACUACAGCCCCCAGAAAGCCCUGACACUGGCCCUCACCGACUGGCUGCAGGAGUUUCUGAGUACAGAUCAGCCCGGAGGUAAACCCCUCAAACGCAGUGCACUGAAGCAAGGAAGAAAGAGGAAAGACCCUUCAGACGAGGAGCCCAUGCAUACAGACAUGGCAGAAGGCUCGUAUGUUCCCGGCCCUGGCGAGAACCCACUGUACACCGCCGAGCCCCUGACCCUAGACGACCUGAAGCUGCUGUCGGAGCUCUUCUACCUGCCCUAUGAGCACGGGCCGACGGCCAGGGCCAUGCUGCAGGAGGUGGACUGGCUCAAGAAGCACAGCUGCGACGUUUCUGCAGAGACAGACAAGAGAGCUGAGUGGUGUUCAAGAGCCCAGCACUUCGAUGAUAUGUGCGAAGCAGUUGUGCAGAUGUUCAAUCGGCUGUCCAACGCCCCAAACCGCAGCAUUCUGUACGACCUCUACAACUACAUCUGUGACAUCAAGAGUGGAGUGGGUUUGGCACGAGCCUAUGUGAAAACACUAGGUGGGCGGGGACGACCCUCAGCUCAGCUCAUGAACGAUGACCCUGAACCCUGGGGCUUCAGAGGAGGUCUUUCUGGAGAGUUCCAGAGAAUGCUACCUUGCCAUGGAAACAGGGACUUGUUUCGCCAUCCUCCGAUGACGGCGGUGUACUGCAUACGGCCGUACUGCCCUGAAGACAAGACUGAGGUGCAGAGGAUUUCCAGGGAAAUGCAGAGAGGAGAGGCCAACGUGCCCCUGGUGAUGCAGCCUCCACUUCUGGGUGACGUCCUGUCAGGAGGUGACAUCCCACCGUCACCUCAGUGUGCUCUUGUCCUAGAAGAUGAGAUGGGGAUGUGUGGCUACGCACUGGCUCUGACUGAUGUUAAACCAGCUGCAGCAAAGAUUCAAAGGGGGGUAAAUGAUCCAGUGUUCAAGGAUUACCCCUCCCUGCUCACCCUGCAAGUGCUGCCCCGGGUCACUGAUCCAUCUCCAGCCAAGCGCAUGAUUGGUCACUUGUUGUCCUCCAUCAAGAGCAGUGGUUCUGGAGGGGUGCUCUGCGAGGUGAGGCACAGCGAUAGGAGGAGUCUCAACUUUUACACUAAACUAGGCUCCUUCAAACCUGUAAAAAUGGAUGAUCUACCUCAAGAUGUCAUCGUCAUGGGAACAAACCUGUGAACAAGACCAUAAAAAGGUUUUCCCUCAGGUUUAGUGUUUAGAAAUGGAACUGAAGUGUGAAUAAACACUACACACUAUUGCUAAUUUUACAAUAUGUUCAUCUGAUCCAGACUAUCUGCAUUUAAUUACUGAAUAUUCAAAUAAAUGUAUAAAUUACUCGCAGUCACAGUUUGUUCUCUCCUCCCACAAAGGUAUAAUAUUAGCUAAUGGGACUGUGUAAUGGAAUUCAACUAACAAAUAAAUAUAAUGGAAUACGAUAAGUUUUAUACACUGAAACUUGUAUAGUGUUUUAGUAGAAUUAGUUCCUAAACUGACACAAUAAAAUGGUAAGUGUAUUGAAUAAAACUGACAUGAAGCUGUUGGUGGGAAACAAGUCAAGAGAUUUAAUCAUUUGUGUAGAGAGGAUACAAAAUAAAUAUAUAUUUUAGUUAUUAAUCUUUAAAUAGAAUAGCUUUCUGAUAUGACAACUUGAUGAUAUGUCAGCUGAUAUUAUAUACUACUGAAUAUUCCAUGUUUGAGCUUUCCAGGAAAACUUAUCUGCAGGAAAUUAUUAGGAAAACUUACAUGUACAGCUCCGGAAAAAAUUAAGUGUGUGAUGACGCACCUCAUCAUUACUUUCA